AUGUCCGCCACAAUGAGAUCUGCUCAGUUGGUGCGCAACACCUCUGCAUUGCGGCCCACAUUGGCUGCGCGUACCCGUGCGAGCGCCCUGGGCCCAGCUUCUAUCGCUGCGGCGAACAGCCUCCUCCGGAAUGGACGCGGUCUCCCAUCCCAUGUCACUGCCCUUGCGAUUCUGAUCCCUCAGCAGCGUGGAUAUGCCACUGAGCAUCAUACCCCCCCUCCUGGCUUCAACGCCGAGCAAGCCAAGAAGCCUCUUCAAGAUCAAGCGCAAUCACAAACAGAUGCUAAGUCUGCUCAACCUGAGACAGCUGCCCCCAAGGUGUCUGCUGCUGCUAAGGCUGUUGCCGUGGACUCUCCCAAGAACCUUGCUGAGGAGAAGAAGGAUGCCAAGAAGUUGACUAUUGGCCAGAAGAUUAAGAAGGAGGUGCAGCACUACUGGGAUGGCACUAAGCUGCUGGCCACAGAAGUCAAGAUUAGUACUCGUCUUGCUGUGAAAAUGGCGGCUGGUUACGAGCUCAGCCGUCGUGAACACCGUCAGCUGCAACGUACCACCAAGGAUCUGGGUCGCUUGGUCCCAUUCUCCGUCUUCCUUAUCGUUCCUUUCGCCGAAUUGCUCCUCCCCAUUGCUCUGAAGAUCUUCCCCAACCUUCUGCCUAGCACCUACGAGGGCCAGAAGGCCCGUGAGACCAAGGCUUUGAACUUGAGCUCCACUCGCAAGGAGGUCUCCAGCUUCCUGCGCAACACAUUGCGUGAGACUGGUCUACCAUUGACCGCCGCUACUGUCAAGAACGAUGAGUUCACCGACUUCUUCCGCAAGAUCCGUACCACUGGUGAAUCCCCCUCCACCGAGGACGUCAUCAAGGUCUGCAAGAUCUUCAAGGAUGACCUUACCCUCGACAACCUGUCUCGUCCUCAGCUGGUCGCUAUCUGCCGAUACAUGAACCUGAACACCUUCGGCACUGACGCCAUGCUGCGCUACACCAUCCGUCACCGCAUGCGCCAGAUCAAGCGUGACGACCGCGCCAUCUUCUACGAGGGUGUCGACUCUCUCUCCGUUCCCGAGCUGCAGAUGGCUAGUGCCUCCCGUGGUAUUCGCACACACGGUGUUUCUCCCGCCCGUCUGCGCGAGGAUCUCACCAUGUGGCUGGACCUCCGUCUCCAGCAGGGCGUUCCCUCCACCCUCCUCGUUCUGAGCAACGCCUACAUGUACACUCAGGGUGGCAAGGAGUCCGACAUGGCCUCCCAGAUUGAUGCUCUGAAGUCUGUUCUCUCCAGUAUCCCCGAGGAACUGUUCCACGAGAUCGAGCUCGAGGUUCACAAUGCCGAGGGCGCUGCUACUAACAAGCAGCGUCUUGAGGUUAUCAAGGAGCAGGAAGAGCUGAUCGAAGAGGAGAGCGAGCAACAAGGUCAGGGCGAGGACAAUGUUGCCGCGCCUAAGGAUAUCGAAGAUAUAGAUGAGAAGGAGGAAGCUCGCAUUGAGGCUUCUUCUACUACCAACGGCGAGAAGCAAUCUACCGAAGCUACCGAGGCCAUGGCUGAGGGAGCUAAGGCUGAGCAGACCUCCAAGAAGAGCGAAAGCUCGUAA